AUGACGGCCAUCCCCUGCUGCUGCUUGGUCCCGUCCGAUGCGGCUGGUCUCAUCAUUGGCUCCUGGGCCGCAAGAUGGCGCAAGGGCUACCGUCGAGCCGGGGCAACGGUGCGACAGAUUUGCGAAGAGUCCAAAGCGCAGGUGAAUGUGUCUGGAGAUCGCGACACUCCCAAAGCGUUGAGUGAUCGCAUCGUCACCAUCCAGGGCACACCUGAACAAAUAGAAAUUGCUUGCCGAGAGGUGAUCCGGAUUGUCCAUCGAUCACAAGAGCUCGAUGACACGGAGGACGGCAUUUUCGUCACGGUGGUGCCUUGUGGGGCUGUGGAGCAUGUCGUUGGUCCUGGCGGAGAUACCAUUCGGGAGCUGGUGGAGACCAUCGGGGCGGAAGUGAAUAUCAGUCGCAAUGGCAUUAUUGGAACAGAGCUCCAACCUGUCAGUGUGGCAGGCACGCCGAAGCAAAUGCUGGACGCCACGAUGAAAGUUCUAGGACUAGUGCAGGAGCUGGCGGACAAGGGAGGUCUCACCAUCGAGUCCGCCAGGGGUCGACGUGGUUGGAUGGAUAUGGAUGGUUUCGUGGCCUCCUUUGAUUUCUGGGCCAUCCGGGGCGGCGCCAUGGAUGUGAAGAAUGAAAAAAUUGAAGUCAUGACCAGAUGGGCGUUGGUGGCCUUUGGGGUGGUUGUUCUCUUGAGGUUGAAAUUUGUGCUCUUUGCUGCGGCAUUGCCCAUCCUGGCCUAUUGGCAUUACUCGGGGGCAGACAAGAAUGAAGAUCAACAAGAAGAUGUCCAAGCUCCAGCGGAUGAGGAAGACGACAAAGAAGACUUUGAAGCCGAAGAGGACUCAUUUCAAGGAUUCAAAUCCAAAGAGGACACUGAUAUCUAUGGUGAUGAAUUCUGGUCGGACAAGCCUGGAAAAGACAGGAGCUCCAACCGUGAUGCCGGUGGCUUCUCUUGGGAUGCUGGAAGGGACGAGUUAGAUGAUCUUCUGGCGGAUGACUUUGGAUCCUCGCUUCCCAAGGGUGAUUUCCGGCCAAAGGACGAUGACCUGUCCAAGGAGGACUUUGGUUUCGGCAAGAGGAAUAACCUUGGACUCGGAGAUGGAGGAUUUGGAGAUGCUGAUUUUGGCCUUGGCCUGGGACCCACUGACAUUGACUUCGGUGACCGCAAGGAGCGAGACGAAGGAAAAGGAAAAGGCAAAGGAAAAUCCAAGGACAAAGGUAAGGAGCCUCGAGAGGCGGAUCCCAAGCAGGUCUUCGUGGCCAACCUUGGUGAUGCGCACGAGGAUGACAUCCGGGCAUUCUUCGAGCAGGCGGGCGACAUCGAGCGGCUCAAGACCUUGAGGAACCCGGACGGCAGCAGCAAGGGCGUCGGCUUCGUGACCUUCCGAACGGAGGAGCAGGCACAGAAAGCUCUGACCUUCCACAAUCGUCCCUUUGAGGGUGGCAGCAUAGUGGUCCGCUUGGCGCAUGCUGGGAACAAGAAGGGUGAGAAGGGUGAGAAAGGCGAUGGCCGUGGCGACCGUGGCGACCGUGGCGAUCGUGACCGCGAUGGUCCGCCGUCCUUUCCGGGCUUCCGGGGCGACCGUGACGACGACCGGGACCGAAUGGACCGAAGACCUGAGCGUUCCAACGGCAAAGGCAAAGGUCGAGGAAAGGGGUCCAAGGGCACAGGAGAUGUGGAUGAUGCUCUAGAAGAUGCCUUGAGCGGACACGAUGGGCCCUUGCGCCUGGCAGACUUCGACUUUGCAGCGCGGCGCUUCUUGGGCGAGCUGCGCAGCAGGGAUCGCAGUGAUGGGGGCACCAGGUUCGUUGAAGCCAUGGACAUGGUCUUGAAGUACACUUCGACCAAGGAUAGAAGUUCUGUGCGAAAAUGGACAGCCUACGUUUUCACUCUCUUGCAGAAGUUCGAUCCAGCUUUGUCAGAAGAGAUCAGAGAAAGGGAUCAGGUGCGAGUCGCGGUUUUCAGCGCUGGGAUGUGCUGCGAUUUGGGUUCAUGGGGCACCCUGGGCACCCUCUUUGGGUUCGUCGUUUCCUCCUCUGCCGCUGCAUGGGUUGUGGGGCGUGCUGGGCGGACGGUUUCAGAACUCCGAGCAAAGAGUGGCGCAUCCCUGGAGGUUGCUAGGAAUGGUGGUCCCUUGCGGCUGGUGGAGGUGCGGGGGAACAAGGCAGAGCGACAGAAGGCGGUGGAGCUCCUGCUGGAUACGAUUGAGGAGCUCCCUGCUGGAGCGCCACGAGAAACGCAGCUGCUGGCUCCGCCCAAUGCAGUGCUGGAGAUUAGUCGCUUGCAACGGUCGACCAGUGCGCGUGUGCAAGUUGAGAAUCUGGGUCCCGAAGGUGCGGAUGGCUUUGGCACAGGCUCAGGCUGUCGCCUCAUCAUCCUUUCAGGACCCCGCGAGGCAGUGAGAGAAGCUGCCAUCCAUGCAGCUGCGAUGUUGGGGCAAGCAUCUGCGCCGCCUGUGGGGAUGCAGGCAACUUGCUCGAGUUGCGGCGAUCUCUUUUCAGAUGACGCCGCUUUCUGCAAGAAGUGUGGUCAAAAGCGAGCAGAGGCCAGCCGCGGACGAACUGCUCGCUCAGUAUCACCUGUGGCCUCCAUCCGUGGUGCCAUCCACAAUGGCCUUGGCAACGGCUCCAGCCAUCGGGCUUUGAGCAUUGGCCCCGGCACCAAAGGCUUGCCAUCAAGCGAUGGCGAAACGCAGUUGCUCAAGGCUUUGCUGGCCGGGCCCAUGCCGCAAGCUUCGCGCCUGGAACUGCUUCUCCCGGCGGACUUUGUCACGAGCCCAGAAGCACGGACAGCACAGCGCUGA